GGGACGGACGGAUGAGGCUGGUGUGUGUAUCAGUAUCUCUGUGUUCCAGCACGAUAUAUUGUCCGUAAUGUGCUAUCACCGUGGGGCAAAUUCGGGGCGUCUGUACAAUGUAUUAAUCGGAGCUUGUCGUCUUGUACACUAGUGCGCGCGCGCGUCGACUGCAUCCGAUUUAUUUGGGACUUGACAGAGAGGGAGAACGCGCAACGUCUCGACUGACUGUCUCCUGAUAUCUCUCCACAUUCAUCCCCGCUUUGAAUCCAGCAAGGACCGCUUUAAAAAAAUCACCACCCGGCAUAUUUCUACCGCACUUGUUGUGUUUUUGCUCGAUGAUGUUGUUGAUGAGGAUGAUGAUGAUGAUGAUGUUAAUGCUGGCGGAGACACUGUCAUCUCCCAUUCGCGCGCCAACCGACAUGUAAUCCAAUUAUUCUCCCUGACAUCUUUGUCACCACGCGCGCCAGUGUAUUGUCUGCCUGUUCGAUCCUAUGUGUCUUUAAUCCGCCAUCACCACGGGAUACAAUUCGUGGAGCGUGUGAUAUACAUUUUAUUAGAGCGACUGGGAGACGGAUAUAUAUUUAUGGGGGAUUUAUGCCAACUGAUCCCGGAUAUGGACAUCCGCUGGCGGACGUAGCGACGUGCAGGCCAUUCAUUGGAUAGCAGUCGCGGGAUACGCGCAAAGUCCAUAUGCGGGACGUAACCGGCGAGGGUGUUGGUUCCGUGCGAUGUUGUUGUUGUUGUCGUUGUGCGCUGCCCUUCGCAUCCCCCUGCUGCUAUGAAGAGCCGCAAAUCUCUCACCACACCGACAUCCGGCGCGCCCGCCCUCGUCCCGGAGACCGGCGGCUCGGUGACGCCCACCUCCGCCACUGCCGUCAGCGCCCAGUCCUCGUCGGCGCUCGGCUCGCUGCGCUGGCAGAAACUCUCGCCGGCCGAGUUUCAACAGCUCCAAGAGUAUCAAUCAUACUCCCCCAAAAAGCUCAAAGAUGUUCUAGAGGAAUUCAACGAAAACGGCGUCCUUGCCAAAUACAAGAACGUCGAUGAGCGCCUUGAUCCUCUGGCCAGCGGCUCACUACUUCCGGUGCUGAAGGAGAAUGUGAUAAAUGGCCUGCAUACGGAUGAGCAUGAUAUGAGCUGCAGUACUGUGACUGGCGGCUGCGAGGCGGCUGACAGUGAGACGCAUGCUGCUACACUGUCAACAGCACCCUCACGAUACGCCCGUACACCGUCCCACAGCAGUAUCCCCAUCACUGACACCAUCGACUUCCUCAAUGAGAUCACCAUCGACUACGACGGCUUCCAGCUGUUCAUGAACACCUACCUGGACAUUGAGGUCCCAGAGGAGCUAUGCCGGCACCUCUUCCUCUCCUUCGUCCGGCGGCCCAUGCCGGUACUCCCCUCCCAGAGUAGCCUACAGACCCCCUCCUACACCUUCCCCUUCAUCAAACCAAAAUCCCUCUCCAUCACCCCCGAACAGAAGCUCAUCAAGGAAGCCUACUCCCUGCCCGCUGGCUCCAGCGGCGGCGCCAACUCCGCCCAGCGCUCCUCGCAGGGCUCCAUCUCCGUGCAGUCCCCGGGGCAGGAGGAGGCCGCCGGGACUAGUGCGGGAGGCAGCGGGAAGUGGCACGAUCUGGCCAGUAAGAUGCACGGGUUGGCGGAGCGACUGCAGAGCAACUUCCACCGGGGCUCGGUGCAGAGCGCCUCGGAUGAUGCGCGGAUCCGGGCGGGCAGUGUCGGGUCGCAUCCCUCGGUGACGAUUACCCUGCCGGAGAACGAGGCGGAUAGUCGGACGUCCGGUGCGCAGAGUCCGACGAGGAAUGCGCAUCCGCUCAAUAAGAAGACCGGCUCACGACAGAACAGUCUGGACCACGAUAAACUGAUGCUGGAGCAUCCCCGGCUGAGUCAAGUCCGCCAGUCCAUAACGGGGCUCCUCUUCAAAUCCCAUGCCGUACAAGGCAGUCGGCUGUCCAUCUCCAGCUUCCAGCAGACGAUCGAUAUACAUUCCGUCAAGGUCUCACUAAAAGAUAUCGUGUGCUACCUGUCGCUGCUGGAAGGCGGACGACCGGAAGACAAACUGGAGUUCAUGUUCCGCCUGUACGACAGCGACGGCAACGGUGUACUGGACAAUCACGAGCUGGAAUGCAUCGUCAACCAGAUGAUGACCGUCGCCGAAUACCUGGGCUGGGACGUCACCGAAUUACGACCGAUUCUGAAAGAAAUGAUGGUGGAAAUCGACUACGAUGGGGAUGGGUCGGUCUCGCUGGAUGAAUGGAAACGCGGCGGCCUGACGACCAUUCCGCUCCUGGUGUUGCUCGGACUGGACACGAAUGUGAAGGAGGACGGUGUGCAUGGGUGGCGGCUGAAGCACUUUAGCAAACCCGCCUACUGCAAUCUGUGCCUGACGAUGCUGGUGGGAUUAGGCAAGCAGGGACUGUGCUGUACAUUCUGCAAGUACACCGUCCACGAGCGCUGCGCCGCACGGGCCCCCACCAACUGCAUCUCCACCUACGUCAAGAGCAAGAAGAUGGCCAACGAGAUGCUGCACCACUGGGUGGAGGGCAAUUGUCCGGACAAGUGUGCCCGCUGUCGCAAGAACGUCAAGACCUACAACGGCAUCACCGGACUGCACUGUCGCUGGUGCCAGAUCACCCUGCAUAAUAAGUGCGCGGCACACUACAAGACGGAGUGCGAUCUGGGCAAUCUGUAUGAUCAUGUGCUGCCGCCGGUGGCCAUCUGUCCGGCGGUGCUGGAGCGGCAGCGCUCGGUCCCGCCCGCGCCCAUUAAGGAUAAGAAAUUGCACUCGGUCCGCUCGGAUUCGGUGCUGCUGCACGGGAGUGGCGGCGCGGGAGGAGUGCACACCGGCUCAACGCACGGAUCUCAAGCAUCCCACAACGAAACUUCCGCUCACAACGGCUCAACCGGCGCCCCGACCUCCUUCCAGAUCAGCCCCCUGCCCGGCACCCACCCCCUGCUGGUCUUUGUCAACCGGAAAUCCGGCGGGAAACAGGGCGAACGGAUCCUGCGCAAAUUCCAGUACCUGCUCAAUCCCCGCCAAGUGUACGACCUGGGUCGCGGCGGCCCCACUGCCGGCCUUCAGUUCUUCCGGGACGUCCCCAACUUCCGGGUGCUCUGCUGCGGAGGCGACGGUACCGUCGGCUGGCUAUUAGACGCCAUCGACAAACUCCACCUGAACUACAAACCCCCGCUGGCGGUCCUCCCGUUGGGGACCGGCAAUGAUCUGGCGCGGUGUCUGCGGUGGGGUGGUGGGUACGAGGGGGAGAGUUUAUUGAAGAUCCUGCAUAAGAUUGAGAAGAGCAACGUGGUGGCCAUGGAUCGCUGGCAUAUUGAGUUCAGCCCGCCGAGUGACAGCACGGAUGAGGAACCCGGAGACCCCAUACCCUAUAACAUCAUCAACAAUUAUUUCUCCAUUGGGGUGGACGCCUCUAUUGCCCACCGCUUCCACAUGAUGCGGGAGAAACAUCCGGAGCGGUUUAACAGCCGGAUGAAGAAUAAGCUGUGGUAUUUUGAGUUCGGCACGUCGGAGACCUUCAGCGCCACCUGCAAGCAUCUCCAUGAGGAUAUCGAUAUUAUGUGCGAUGGUGUGGCUCUGGAUCUGGCCAAUGGGCCGCCGCUCGAAGGCAUCGCACUCCUCAACAUUCCCUCCAUCCACGGUGGCUCGAAUUUAUGGGGCGAGAAUACGCCCGUUAAGAAAUCCCUCAAGAAAUCCCCCAUGGCCAACCGCAAAGGGAAGCUGGGCGUUAAUGAGCAGGGCUCAUCGUUAAGUCUUUCCUCCAUGGAUCUCCAUUUUGCCAUUCAAGAUAUCGGGGAUAAGAUGAUCGAAGUUGUGGGCAUGGAGAGCGCCAUGCAUGCCGGGCAGGUGCGCGCUGGUCUGCGUUCCUCCGGGCGGCGAUUGUCGCAGUGUUCCUCGGUGGUCAUCAGGACAAGGAAACGCUUUCCUAUGCAGAUUGAUGGGGAACCUUGGAUGCAGCCACCUUGCACAAUUAAUAUAACGCAUAAGAACCAAGUUCCCAUGCUGAUCGGGCCGCCACCCAGCAGCAAGAUGAGUUUCCUCAACAUCUUCAAAUCCCGCGACAAAUCCACCGCUCUGAUGGCCGCCCCGGCCCUGGACACCGCCGCCCCGGCCACCACCGUCAUCUCCAUCCCCGUCCCAUCCAGUAAAGCCUCCUCGGAGCAUCUCCCGGUCAAACGAUGACCCGAAGCACCCCGCGGGAUCCUCUAGUCCCCCGACCACCGCACCGGGCGGUCGGGACGGCAGUGACUCGCUUCUCGUCUUUCACAUACACUGAACUCACACCGCAGCCCCCCAACGGGCGGACGGCGCAGCAGCUCUCCUUGUCACUGUACUGUUUUUUUGAUACAAAUUUUCAAAGCGACGGAUCUUUUCUUCGGCGAACCCUGGUGUGUCUCUCACGUGGACGAUGUGUUACUUCGUUGUGUUUUUUUUUCUGUUCGUUUGCCAAAACCCUCUCUGAUACAGGCCAUGGCAGCCAGCCAUGAUUCGGUGAUGUUCCUAUAAUUAUGUUAUUGAUAAUUAUACCCAGAUUUGUAUAUCUCUCCCUCAACUCAACCGGGGACACCCCGCUGUCCCCCGCCCACCGGGAGGUAGGCGCGCUCGGACACACCCCCCGACCGGCAUUUUUGUCAAGGAAGUAACCAAGGACAUUUUUUUGAUACAGAUAUUUUUCAAGAGUUUAUUCUUUAUUUCCUCGGUGAGCGAAUUUUAUUAAUUAUUGACUUGGGAGAGUGACCUUUCUCAAGUCCGGUGGUUGCGUAUUGUAACACAACAUUUGUGUUUGUUUUUUUUCGGUUGGUUUAGUGGCGUACGGGUAUUAUUUUGUUUUUGUCGAACAUGUUGUCUGUGGUAGUGUACUGCUUUGACAUUUCUGUUGGCUGCAUCAGCCGUCCUUUCGAUGUUCUCGGUUUCGUUGUGUCGACGCGGUGUUGUAACGUGUUAAUUACGGUGUUUCUGUUAAUUUAGGCAGCUCUAUCUUUUGACCUUUUUGAUUACUCGUAAAGGUGUCUGUGAUCCACGUGAUUUCCGUGUUUGUAUUCCGGCGUCAGCGGAAAUUGUCACAACGCUAACAAAAAUGUAUUAAAAUUACCUGCAAUCCGAA